CUAUGAAGAAAACUGGAAACAUCAUUGAAGUUGCAGCUGUUUUUUUCCAUGUACACCAGGGUUUCCCUUUACAUGCGACGGCCAUGUAAUAAAAACAGAGUCCUCCGUGCAGUGCGGUUUUCCAGCGCCUUCACCACCACCUGGACUAUUUGUGCACUAGCAGCAUGCAGGCGGCGGGCACCGGAGCAGCUGAUACCGACGCUACUGUAAACAGUAGCAGCAGCAGCACCGCAGACGUCGACGACAGCGACGGGGCAGGGGAGAGGAUGGAGAGGACGGUGCCAGGCGAGCAGCAGGACAGGACCAACAACCAGCAGCAGCAGCAGCAGACGUCCUUAUCGCCAUCCGGGGUGCUCGAUAAAUUGUUUGGGAAGCGUCUUCUGCAGGCCAGGCACUACAUUAUGUCUCGUAAGUCCUGGCUGAAGAUGGUGCCCACCGAAAACUGUGAUAUCCUGAUGACAUUCCCAGAUACAAUAGAUGAUCACACUCUGCUGUGGCUCCUGAAUCAGGUUCGUGUUGGAAUCCCACAAGUCAGCAUUCAGGUUCGGCAGCACAAACACACCCAGGCACACGCCUUCUUCAUCACGACAACGUUUGAGAACUUACUGCGGGGAGCCGAGCAGAUGGGCAUGCACAAGGCCGUCAAACCGCAGUUUGGCGGCGGGAUGCGGCGCUUUUCCUGUGAGGAAGACAACAUCUAUGAGAACAUAGAGAGCGAGCUCUGCUUUUUUACAUCACAGGAGCGUCAGGGCAUCAUAAAGUAUUGGCUCGACAAUCUGAGAGCCAAACAGGGGGAGGUGCUCCACAACAUUCACUUUCUCGAAGGACAGCCAAUCAUUCCAGAGCUGGAGGCUCGGGGUGUGAUCCAUCAAAUGUUUCCUCUCCACGAGCAGAGGAUCCUCAACCAGCUGAUGACGUCAUGGGUCCAGGCAGUAUGUGAAAGGCAGCCCCUUGAUGAUAUCUGUGACUACUUUGGAGUGAAGAUCGGCAUGUAUUUUGCCUGGCUGGGUUUCUACACUAACUCCAUGCUUUACCCCGCUGUCAUUGGCUUUCUGCUCUGGAUUCUCGCUGAGGCUGACCAGACCAGCCAGGAUAUCUGCUGUGUGGUUUUUGCCCUCUUCAAUGUUGUGUGGGCGACGUUGUUCCUGGAGCGCUGGAAGAGGCGAGAGGCGGAGCUGGCCUACAGGUGGGGCACCCUGGACACCCCCGCAGAGUCCUUGGAGGAGCCCAGGCCACAGUUCAGGGGAGUGAAGCGCUGCAGUCCCAUAACGGGCUGCGAGGAGUUCUACUACCCGCCCUGGAAGAGAGCUCUGUUCAGAUGGCUGGUCAGCCUGCCCAUCUGCCUCCUCUGUCUCUGCUUUGUUUUCCUCGCUAUGCUCCUCUGCCUGGAACUGCAGGAAGUGGUGAUGGAGAUUCAGGAGCUACCUGGUAUCACAAGAUUCAUUCCUAAGAUACUUUUGGCCAUUACUGUGACCAUAUGUGACGAAGUGUACAAGAAGAUCGCCUACUGGCUCAAUGACAUGGAGAACUACAGACUUCAGAGUGCCUAUGAGAAUAAUCUCAUCAUCAAGAUGGUUUUUUUUGAAUUCAUCAAUUCUUACCUUAGCCUUUUCUACAUUGGAUUCUACCUCAAGGACAUGGAGCGACUUAAAGAGAUGCUUGCUACUCUGCUGAUCUUCCGCCAGUUCCUACAGAACAUCAAAGAGGUCCUCCAGCCUUAUCUCUACGAGCAAAACAAGCUGGGCGUCUUCACCCCCAAAGUGCUGUGGGAGCUGCUCCAGACCAUCGUACUCAAGUACGGACGCCUGGCUCUGGGAAAGGCCCAAGCCUCGAUGACAGGCUAUUCCUUCCUCGGUCCCCGAGGGAUCCCCGUCAGUCACGCUGCUAACGGCAACCCAGAGCCAAAGAGACGAGGGGAUCUGAAAGCAGGAUUCAGGCUGACGGAAGAAGAGUGGGACAUGAAUGACAGCAAUCUGAAGCAACGUAAAGUCAGCUUCACCGAAAAGGUCGACUACCAGGAUGUCACGACAGAAACACUGGCGGUGGAUCGCAGCUUCCUUGAGGACAGUCCAACACUGGUUGAGGAAGGGAUGGAUCCAUCCAGCAUUUUUGACAGUUGUGAUGAGGACAGCGACUGUGAAUCACUGACUCAAGAGUCUGACUCGCUCUGUCAGAGAAGAAAGAAUGGCAGUGAGAGCAAAGAGCAGAAAAAGUCAUGGAUGGAUCCACCAGAAGAACCCAAAACUGUCACUCUGACCCAAGCCGAGAUCGAGAGCUGUAUGCAGACAUACGAGGACACACUUCAGGACUACCAGGAAAUGUUCAUCCAGUUUGGCUACGUGGUGCUUUUCUCUUCUGCGUUUCCCCUGGCGGCCAUGUGUGCUCUUAUCAACAACAUAAUCGAGAUCCGCAGCGACGCCCUGAAGCUUUGUACGGGCCUGCAGAGACCCUUCGGACAGAGGGUGGAGAACAUUGGACAGUGGCAGACUGCGAUGGAGGCCAUGGGUUUGAUCGCGAUUAUAGUUAACUGUUACCUGAUCGGUCAGUGUGGGCAGCUACAGCGUCUGUUCCCCUGGUUGAGCCCGGAGAUGACCAUCAUCUCCAUUGUCUUACUGGAGCACUUUGCAAUCCUCCUAAAGUACAUCAUCCAUGUUGCCAUCCCUGAUAUCCCUGGCUGGGUAGCAGAAGAGAUGGCCAAGCUAGAGUACCGACGAAGGGAAGCUUUCAAGAAGCACGAGCAGCAGGCCCAGCAGCACUUCCAACAGCAGCUCAGACGCCGGCGUGAAGAGGAGGAGCUUCAGCGCCAGGCUGAGCUGCAGGCCGAGGCCCGUCAGGAGAGUGACCACAGGGCAGACGCCCAGCACCAGCACCACCACGACAAAGCACCUGGGGGCAAGGCAGGCGACAAGCCCAAGAGACCCAGCUCUCUGCUGGGGAACAACAAUGUGAUGAAGCUGAAGCAGAUCAUCCCUCUUCAGGGGAAGUUUUCCUCCGGCACCUCACGCUCACCAGCUCAGUCCCCAACAGGAGGUGAGGCGAAGCUGCCGGGAUUUCUGAAGUUCUUGAAAUCACCUGAGGUGAAAAAAGAGCCAGCGGUGGCGGCUGGAGCGCCAGCCUCCACAGUGACCUCCUCCGCUCCCCCUAGUGGCCAGGAGAGGUCACAGUCCCCUAACAGGACAUUCAGUCCUGGGAAGCUGUUCAGUUUCAGCAAAUCAGAGGGGACAGUGGUGUGUGUGAAUGGGACACAAGCAGCGCCCCAGCCUGCUAACGCUCAGCCCAACAGGGGUGACUUAAAUACAACUCUGGAGGAAUUACCCUCCAAUGAGUCCGAGAAAGGAGAAUCAAGACAAUUGACUGAUUUAGAAAACUCAAAGAGUUAAUAAAUGUUCAACCGAUGUAAUAUUAUGAAUGGAGAGCAAUGUACAAAUGUUCAGGCAACAUUCAGAGACACACCUGUACCGUAGAAGAACACAUUAGUCACAAGGACCACAUGUAAGGUCAGCGAGCGGUAGACUUUCACUCUUGAUGCAACUUACUUCGCACAAGGUAUUAUACUGUAUCCAUAAACACUUGAUUAUCUAACUUCCAUGUAAAAUAUGUACAGUACGUGUAACUACUUGAAUGGGGCUUGAGUAACUUUUACUUAAAGGUCUAGUGUGUAGGAUUUAGGGGGAUAUAUUGGCAGAAAUGUAAUAUAUAUGUUUUCAUUAGUUUAUAAUCACCUGAUAAUAAGGAAUCCUUGUGUUUUCGUUACCUUAGAAUGAGAUAUUUUAUCAACAUAGGUAGUGGGUCCUUGUCUACAGAGUCCACCAUGUUGCACCGCCAUGUUUUUACAGUAGCCCAGAACAGACAAACCAAACACUGGCUCGAGAUAGGGCCAUUUGCAUUUUUGUGUCAGCCACCGUAGUUGGCAACCCCUCCGCAAUGAGCCUAACAGCAUUGAAAAAAAACACAUUUUUUAAUGUAAAAUUGAUUUAUUCAUUGUUUUUACUAGUUUUAAUCACCUGGUUUGUUUGUUUUUGAGAGGGGGAGACCUCUGCGGACAAUUUGGCUCCCUGUAAAAACCCUCCUGAACAAUGAACACCGAAGAAUUCCCAACAGGGAGUUCAUGCUUGGGACCUGGGAGAAGUUUCAGCUGCUUGCAUGUUGCAGUCCUCACUGCUGUUUGCCACUAAAUCCUACACACUUGCUCCUCCAAGGUUAAAAUACUGCAUGACUGCCUUGUUUUCGACAGCAUCGGAACAGAUUAUGUCGAUGUGAAGGAUCUUUUUUCCAUACCAGACAAUUAACGAGUCCUUUUGUCAAAGCACGAACAGCAGCUUCCCAUUCCACAUUUGUUUCUCAUUCUUAUGCCUGUAUCCAAUGCAUGUUGCAUCAUGUGCAUGCAUUACACGUCCAUCAUGUCUUUUUCAGUUGUGAAGCACUUUUCAAAGCCAUCGUAUUCUUCCGCAAUAGGUCAGAUUAUAUUCACUGUGACCAUAAAAAAAUAUUCUAUUUUUCUUAACUUUGAUUUUCUAUGAAUUAUUUUACUACAUAAAUUAGUGAAUGUACUUCUAUGAUGCAAAUAAAUCUCACUUUAAUAAACAUCCAUCAAGA